AAGUCAUUGGUUAACGUAUUAUAUCUGGCACUCAAGCAUUCGAGACUUCUACUUCGGAGAGUUAUCACCUGCAGAACAGUCAAAGAACAAUUUCUAAGCUGACCUCUCGGCAAGUGGCAGACCAGUGCAUCCCAUAGAAAUGAGUGCCCUGCAUUUCGGUGCUGUGUUGUCUUCAUUCAUCAGCCUUCUGUGCCUGAUCCUUGCCUUGGCCACAGACUAUUGGAUAGCCAAUAGUCUACCCGGAACCCGUCUGGGUCUAUGGAAAGUUUGUAAGGACCGUGAAUGUUACCAACUUGAUGUGGAAUUGGUGAGAGGUUCUUUACGUGCCGUCCAAACCUUCAUGUUUCUGGGGAUGAUUAGUGGCGUUGUCUCUCUCGGUGGGCUUUGUUUCCUGUUUUGGAAACCCCUUCUUGGCAAUAUCUCCAUGAGCAGCACUGCAUGGUAUGGCAGCUUUUCUGCAGGCCUCUGCGUCAUGAUUGCCAUGUCCAUUUUCACAGGAAUUACUGCCACCACCUACUAUGGAUGGUCUUUUGGCUUGGGUUGGGCCUCUUUUCCUUUGUAUCUUAUAACUGGUGGUCUUGCUUAUACAUUGCAUAGGAGUACAGCAGCAACAGCGUAGGAGAAAUAUGACACUGUCCUUGGAGAUGACCAGUGAAACUGAAUUGGUAACCUGGAGGCACAGAUCGGAAUUAUUGGUCCUGUGCCAAAUUUAUAAGAUGAAGGAUGAAGGCAGAAGAACUAAUUUAAAUGUAGUAAAACAGCCAUACAUUCCCAGCCCCUCCCCAUCCCAUUUUUUCUCUAAAAUAUUCAGAUUGUUUCUGCCUGAAGUCCGUUUGGAUAUGUAAAUCUUAAGAAUUUUGGGAGACUUCUGAAAGCAGGUCCCACAAAGCAGGAUUUCUCCUCUUCUCCCUUAUAUUCUGUUCCAGAAAGCCAAAGGUGCUAAAGUAGAAUAAAAUAUGGAUUAAAAAUAUAAGAAUGAAGACAUGGCAUAAAAAGGAUAGUGAGAAGCUUGCU